AAGGUCACUUUCUAAAAGAGAAACAACAUCCUGCUCUAUUCCCAGACACCAUAAUCAACCAUGUUAACCUGUUUUUAAUCCGCUUUAACACCAAUUUUUAUUCAUUUCCAUAAAGUUUUUACCAAGCUUUGGUUAAUUUUGUGCUAAGUUGUGUGAUGAAGUGUUCUAAAAUGUGACGUCGCUAUUUUCUUCGGUUUUUAGUGACUUUAACGGGUGGAUAAAUAACAAUCCAUAUCCAAAUAAGUUUUUUAGGGAAUCUUUUAAGUAUUAUUAAGUUAUUCUUAAAUAAUGAGUGUUAAAGUUGAUGUUUUAGUGAUGUUUUUAUGGUGUAUUUUAGUAACCAACUUAUUUAAAAUAGUUUUUUUAAUGGAAGCUGAUAAUUCUCCACCAACAUUAUCAGUUAGUCGUCGUCGAUUCGAACUUGAAGAAUCGACGCCAUUGGAUUCGUUGAUUUUAAGAGCUUACGCUCAGGAUAAUGAAGAGGACAAACUUGUUUUUGGUUUGGAAGCGGAAGAUCCUCGAAAACCAGUUCCGUUUCGAAUCGAUCCGGAUACGGGAGCGGUUUAUUUAGCUCAAAACUUAACUGGCAAGGCUGGAACAACUUUAAAUUUCUAUGUAACCGUUUUCGAUGGAAUAAUCCCGGCUAAACUACAAAUACUCGUUUUAGUGGUCAAAAAAUUUUCACCAAAGACUCAUUUAAACCUUUUUAAGCCACCAUAUUUAAAUUUAAAUCGACAACAACCCUCGUUUCAUUACAACGAUAAUAAUAAUAAUUAUAAUUAUAACCCAACAAUAAGUAAUUUCGUUGAAAAAAAUGAGGUUAAAAUCGAUGAAAUCGACAAAGAUGAGAGAAAAGUAACAAAAAUUAACGAAAAGAUUAACGAAACUGAUGGCGAAACCAAAAAUUUAGUAAUAAUUUUAGGAAUUUUUGGCGUUUUCUUCGCUGCUAUAGUACUAUUAGGAGUGUUUAAGAAGAAAUUUUCUUUAUUAGGCAACGAAAAUUCCAAAAAAAUCAAAGAAAUUAACGACACACAAAAAAGUAAUGAAAUAUCAACGAUUUCGUCAGAAAUCGAUAACAAUCAUUACAACUCAAUUAACCCCAACUUAACAUUAGAAGAUAUUAAAACUCCGUCAAUCGAGAAUUUUGAGUCACCGAAAAUAAAGGAUUUUUGGGAAUUUGAACGACACCGAUUGGUAUUUUUGGGCGUCUUGGGUGAAGGGGCAUUCGGGCAAGUUUGGAAGUGUCAAAUUAACGAAAAAACCUCGGAACAAAAUGUAUCGUCAAAUAAUGUUACUUCAAAAAUCGUUGCUGUUAAAACGUUAAAAGAAAAUUCAACGGAACGCGAUAAAACGGACUUAUUAAGUGAAUUAAAAGUAAUGAAAUCGUUGAAACCUCACCCCAACGUCGUUAAAUUAUUGGGUUGUUGUACCGAGAAAGAUCCGAUAUUCGUAAUAAUGGAAUUCGUAGCUGGCGGAAAACUACAAAGCUUUCUAAGGUUACAAAGAGUAAAUUUCGAUCGACUCGAAUAUGGUUACGAUAAUGUUUUUAAAGGAAGCAAAAAGUUAACAUCUUCAGAUUUAACUCGAAUGGUUUAUCAAGUUGCUAAAGGAAUGGAAUUUUUAGAAAUAAAUGGUAUAAUUCAUCGAGAUUUAGCAGCAAGAAACAUAUUAAUAACGGAAGAUCGCACAACUUGUAAAGUGGCAGAUUUUGGUUUUGCAAGAGACGUCAUCUCACCAGCGUACGUUUACGAACGAAAAAGUGAAGGUCGUUUACCGAUACGUUGGAUGGCUCCUGAGUCUCUUUAUGAUAAUUUGUUUUCUUCAAAAUCGGAUGUAUGGAGUUUUGGGGUUUUAAUUUGGGAGGUGGUCACCUUGGGAAGUACACCUUAUCCAGGAAUGUCUGCACAAGAAGUUAUGAAAAGGGUUAAAGAAGGUUAUAGAUUGGAUAAACCAGAACAUUGUCGCAGAGAACUAUACAACAUUAUGUAUUACUGUUGGAAUCACGAUCCUAAAGAACGACCGAGCUUCACGGAAUGUUUAGAACUUCUGGAUAAUUUGGUAACAACAGAAACAGAUUAUAUUGAAUUAGAACGGUUUCCGGAUCAUUCCUAUUACAACGUUCUAAGUUUAAGUGGAGAAAAACUUUGAAAAUGCUUUCAUCUCGAACUGAAACAUAAGCUCAACACAAUUAAAAACCAAUUUUUAAUAUCACACCUAAAUUUUUAUGAAUAUACUCAUUUUUUUUUAAGUUAGAUUUUUUAA